AUGGCCAAUAUGGUGUCAGAUGCAGAGCUGGCAGCGCUGAUGGCCCCAUUUCCAACUUGUACCUUGGGAUGGUUCUGCUUGGGUUUUCAUACCAAUGCAGCGCCAGGGCGUGCGCCGGCAAUUGCCCGCCUGCUCGAUGCUGCGCACUUGCUGCCGCCCAAUACUUCUGCGACUACAGUGUCUCAUGUUUUGGCCCGUUUGCUAUCUGCAGUGCCACACCUCCUCACACUGAAGAUGCCAAGGUCCAUUGCUACAUACACGCCGGUUCUCGCAGCCCAGCAACCCGAGAUGCUCAUGAACGUCCUGGAGUUUGUGCCCUGCUCCGGCCCUUCUACGUGCGCUUGCGGGAGGCCUUUGGUUUUGUGGCGACAAGUCCAAGCCCACUGCUUCACCUUUGCGCGGGGCUUGGUUGCAGCACAAGUGCUUUUUCUACGGUGCUUCCCAUGUUCUGCAGUAUAUGGUCCGAGCCCCAAGAUCAGCCCAAACAAAACAUCCACCCAGCGCCGCUGCUCAGGUGGCUCCUGGAGAUGGGACGAUGUGCCCGAAAACAGUCGUUUUCCUGACGGCUUUCACCGGCCUCGCCAUAUGCAACCAGACCGUGCAGAUGCACGGUGGUUUUUUGUAACUCCAAGUGUGUGUUGGGAGAUCCAUUUCUUGCGUUUCAUCUUCGGAUGCAUGGCUCGUGGUGGCUUGAGUGCUUCGGCUUUCUAUGACAUUUAUGUCUCCUUUUGGUCCACCGGCAUGCAUGGAACUAUGUUUGCCGCGCGGGAACACUUUGUCCAGAAGCUCCUCUUCGCAAUUUUGGUGCAUCAGUCCAUGCUCCUGCUUGAAGCUUCCGAUGCUGAAGCCUUGUCAGGCUUUCAGUGGCAUUUGCGUCCUCAUCAUCAAGCCACAGACUUUCAACCUUUGUUGCGCAAACUCCGCGCAGGUUUUGAUUCUCUGAGUAUGCAACAUGUGUGCCCUUUAUUUGACAAAGUUCCUGCAUGUGUGAUAGACGGUAAAUGGUCCAUCCAGACACCUGUGUGCAACGAUCGUACCUCUGGACUCGUAUGGGAUCCCCAGCUUUGCCUCGGCUAUUUUGGCGGCUGCUGUUCUCGGCCAGCGCCUGGAUCCAAAUAUUGCCGAUUGCAUGGUGAAUGUCCAAUAGCGCCAGAAGAUUCUGGCAUCCAAAAGCACCGGGAGAAGCAAACCCAUGACAGUCUUUCCUUGCAGUACCUCUUUCAAGGUGCUUGGGUUGAUGCUGCUGCAGUACCUGUGGAGAAUCUGCGCGCAUAUGAGCUGACCUUGCUGCGACCAAGAGCGCGCGAAACUUUGAUCGAUGAGCCUGACAGUUGUCACAAGGACGACCGCAAAGGCAUCUCUGAGACCCGUGUCGCCCGCAAGUCCAACGGCAUCUUGGUGGCCGUAUCGCCCUGCCUGCAAAUUAUGGCCAUCCGUCCUAUGUAUGCGUCAGAGUCUGUGACCCAAGUCGUGUUGUUGGUGCAACAUUUGCUCACCCUGUUCACUGCCUUGGCCUUUAUCAUCUACGACAAUGCUUGUGGAGCUGCGCGCACCGUGCGCAAGCGCGUGCGGGAUGGGGGACUACCUGUCGCAGUCCAGCAAGCUUGGCAACGCUUAGCCGCUUUGAACUGGGUGGUUGACAGGCUGCACCUGCGAUACCAUUCUGCUUGCCGGCAACCAUCCAGCCCUUGGUUUGUUCCUGCUGUUGAUCCAGCUGCGCAUCCUGACCUCCAUGGCAUUGACACUGAGGCUGCUGAGCAAGUCUUUCAUAUUGCUAGCCGCUGGCAGAUUGUCCUUUCUUAUGCUGCGCCUACGCACCAAGAACUUUUUCUGUUGCUCUUUGCUCGUGAGCACAAUGUGCGGCACAGUUGUGCGAAGGCUUGGACCACAUACUGCCAGGCCCAGCUUCGUCCAUCCGCUGCACCCCUGCUAGCUGCAAGCUCCAGUGGUGCUCACGGAGACGGCGCCUGCAGCGUGCCAAAACCAGUCAAAAAAAGAAAGCGCCAACCCACCGUCCAUUGUCAAGAGGAACCAGCUGCAAGUACGGAGACUUUAGCGCAGCCGUCCGAGAAACAGAAAAGUGACGCGGAAUUGCAACUCACCUCCGCUUCUCCCGAUGACCAAGUGGUCGUGAACCACAAUAGCUCCACAGUGCAUGCAAUCUCCGACAUCAGCACUGUGGAGACACGCUGCGGUUGGCGCUUUGACGCCACGGGGCAGAGGCCGCAGCGAGCCAAAGUGCUCAAGGAUGCGACGUUGUUUUGCUGCGGCUCUUGUUUCGCUGCACGAGUUCCUUUCCUGCGGCCUCGACCAUGA